CGAUUGGGGGCCCUCGGGUUCCUGACAGACCCGACCUUGCCUGGGAAUGGCAACUUGGGCAUGCUCGACCAGCAGCUGGCCCUAGAGUGGGUCCGCGACAACAUCGGUUUCUUCGGGGGGGACGCAGAGGCUGUCACAUUGGCGGGGCAGUCAGCAGGAGCCUUUAGUGCCUGCUUGCACAUGCUGGCCCCCAAGAGCCGCGCCAUGCUGCAGGCCCUGGUGAUGGAGAGCGGAGCGUGCGUGGCCUUGCCCUUGCAGGAGGCGAGGACCCGGACAGAGACCUUCGCGGCUGGCCUGGGGUGCCGGCCGGGUCCCGGUAGGCGCAGCCCCAGCAACGGCUCGAGCGAGGGUGCGGAUGACGGCGGGCUGGUCGCCUGCCUGACCCGUCUCUCCCUGGAGGUCCUGAUCCCCGAGUCCUCCGAGAGGGGCCGGGAGAUGUACCACUACUGGGCGCCCGCCCUCGACGGCGACCUUUUCCUCCCUGCCUCGCCCGCAACGCUACUCGACCCCUCCGUCACGCCCCCCCUUGCACCCGCGUCACCGCUAAACGUCCUCCUGGGCUGCAACCGCGACGAGGGCAGUGUCUUCGUCGCCUCCACAGGGCUGGGGGGCGCCGGCGGGACGGACGCGGCCUAUGCCUCCUGGGUGCGCACUGGAGCGAUGGAGUACGGGCAAGGCCUUCCCCCUCUAUCGC